UAUUUUAAACGAUACGUAUUGUUUCCACUCUCCGAAACGUCAUUAGCUACAUAAGUUAGAUAUACUUCCCCUAUAUAUAUGUAUAUUAUGAAGCAUCAAUGGUCAUUCCUACUCAUAGCCAAACAAAAGAUGGAUAAAAGAUGGAGUCUUGAAGGUAUGACUGCUCUUGUAACCGGUGGAGCCAGCGGAAUCGGGCAUGCCAUAGUAGAGGAGCUAGCCAGUUUUAGAGCUAGAAUCCAUGUGUGCGACAUAUCUGAAACACUGCUCAAUCAGAGUUUAAGCGAAUGGGAAAAGAAAGGGUUUCAAGUGAGUGGUUCAACAUGUGAUGUAUCCUCUCGUCCCGAGAGAGAAAUACUUAUGCAAACCAUCUCAGGGAUAUUUGAUGGCAAGCUGAAUAUACUUGUGAACAACGUUGGCGUGGUUCACACUAAGCCAACAACUGAAUAUGAGGCAGAUGAUUUCUCGUUCCAUAUAUCAACAAACUUAGAAUCUGCUUAUCAUCUUAGCCAGCUUUCACAUCCUCUCCUGAAGGCUUCUGGAAUUGGAAGCAUUGUCAUGAUUUCCUCUGUUGGAGGGGUUGUAUCAAUGUGCUGUGGAUCUAUCUAUAGUCUAGCGAAAGGAGCUUUGAAUCAACUAGCAAAAAAUUUGGCGUGUGAAUGGGCAAGAGAUGGCAUAAGAACCAACUCUGUUGCUCCUAAUUUUGUCAACAAAACUACUAUGGCUAAACCUUUUUUCAAAGACACCGGUUACGAGAAGAGUUUGUUAAACAGAACUCCACUUGGUCGGGCUGGAGAGCCAAACGAGGUUGCAUCACUUGUGGCUUUCCUGUGUCUACCUGCAGCUUCAUAUAUUACUGGUCAGACCAUUUGUGUUGAUGGAGGUCUCACUGUCAAUGGUUUCUCCUAUCAGCCAAACGCAUGAGCUGGGACUUGUGUGUGUUGGUGAUGCAGUACAAGUAUAUUUCAAAUUGGUGGUGGGUUUUGCUUAAGCCUUCCCUUUCUAUCAUUAAUAAAAACCAAAAAUAAGAAAAUCUAGAAUUCCAUUACUGUUGACACUCUUUGAGAAUUCAAUAGAUUUGUGAUGGUUGGUUAACCGUCUCCUCUGAAAUCAAUGUUAUCAAUAUCUUCCCUCUAUUAUUUGGUGUUUUGAAGUUUUUGUUUAUUAAUCAAGAAAUUCUGGACCCAAAAA